CAUUCAAGGGGACAGGCAAUGCUAUAAACUGGAGAUACAUGUGAAUAUUUUUUUUUCUUUCAAUGUGUCAGUAGUAGACCAGCAAAGUAGAAACCAUGGCGCUUGCUGUAUCGCGCUCUUUAUUCAGGGUACUAACCCGACAGAGUCCAUCAUCGAGCUUUGUGAUAGGAGAGCAUUGUCAUGCAAUGAGAAGUCCUUGGUUUACAUCGGUGUUGACACUGAAGACAUCUGCUCCACUCAGUGCGGAGCCAAAAAAGAAGAAGAAAGUAGACCCCAGAAGAGAGCUGAUGGUGAAAGAAAGAAUGAAGAAAAAGCUGAAAAAACUGGAGAAAGUUCCUCCCGAGUUUAUCCCCAUAGAGGACUUCAUGACUCCUACAAAAUGCCUGGAUGAAACAAGAGUGCGCUCAGCAGCAAGACUGUCCUUUGAGGAGAGUGAGCGUCGGGCCCGACUACUCAAGGAUUGGUCACGUUACAAACUGAAACAGCAAAAGGCUGAAAUGGAAGCUAUAAAUCUUGCUGUUGAAGCCCAGAGGGAGGCACUUGAAGAACUCAGAAUUGAGUCUGAGGAGCUAUACCAGGCAGCACUCAAACCUGAUCAUCUUCUCUUUCCCCUUACUCAUGAGGGACCAACCUACACACCACCCAUAGCCACGUAUGAAGCCCCUGAUGGCAAAUAUAAUGACAUCACCAAAGUCUACACUCAGUGAUGAACAU